AUGCCACAUACUCGGUCGAGCACAAGAGUAGACUUGAAACGGCUGAGAGAAAGCAAAGACUUUGAGGGGGAGAUAUCAAUUGCACCCACCCACCAACAAAGCACCAGGAAGCGCAGAAAGAAGGUCUCUGCUAAGGUCCAGUUGUCGGAUAAUAGCGAUAACGAGUAUCCAGUCGAAAGGAUUCUUGCCGAAAGCGACAGAUGUUAUCUGGUUCAGUGGGAGCCGACGUGGGAACCAAAACGCAACGUGAAUGAUAAGCUGCGGGAGCUUUGGGAAGCUGAAAAUUCAAAAGAGAAAGGAAUCCAUUCACUUGAGUCGGCCCAAGUGAAUCCGAGUCAUUCACAAACCUCCCAAUUUAUCAGGUCAUUGGCCACACAACUCGUCAACUCUUCUAACGGGAUCGGAAAAUCUUCACAACUUUCUGCGGAUUCAUACAUUCCUCUUACUCAAGGAUCGAAAGAACUUUCUCAGCCAUCUCAAUACAGCUCGCGGCUCGUUGCAGAAGAGGACGAAGCUAUAUAUUUGGGCAGUGGAGAAAACUCGGAAGUUCGAACUCCACGCAGCGUUUCUCCUAUUCAAUUCCCGGACCCAGGUUACCUUACCCACGACUUUGCGUUCACUCAACCUAGCGCUCGGAAAAAUCCGUCUCGAGAUUGCAUCAGUGAAUCAUCGCAGGAGUCGUAUCAUAGCCAGUCUACGAUAGAUUCGAUCAGUAUCCAGGAUAGCAGGGAGUGGCAAGCGUUGAACCACCUUGUCCCGAGUCUGAACGACCAGUCUUCGAGCCAACUUGAGCGCACAAGCGAUCUACUGCCAACAGAGGUGGCGACCGACACCGAACGAGGGCAUUUCAUUGCAAACGAAACUCGCUGGUCGAGCGGAAAAGAGCACCAAGCAGACGAUUCCACCAUGUCUUCCGGAUCCCUUCGGCCACCCCCCACGGACACUCCAGGACGGUCUCCGUCGGCGAUACCUCCAACAGAUGAGCACCAGGUCGAUACAUCCGGCAAGCAGUUGCAGGACCAAAGGGUCGCUGACACCCCAACCCCGGAGCAAUCUGUGGAUCAUGGUCUCGCUAUUGAGCAAGAGUCUUCCGAGCCGACUUUGAGAAGAGUCAAUGACCUGCACAAGUACGUCCUACUUCAAAUCGGGGGCGCCCCGAAGGACACGUACCGAAAGUAUUUCCGAGACCGUAUCAAUGACAUCGAAUCCAACUUGUAUGCGGACCCCAAGGCCCCCGAGCAACGACAAAAGCUGGAAAAUUUCUUCGGUCGAAUCGUGGAAGACUGCAAGAAGAUCGCAUUUCACGACGACCUCUUCGAAAACACGCACGCGCAGCGAAACCUCACCGAUGGGACCACCAAUUCCGUAGCCCUGGCAUCGUUCUAUAGGGCCACGUCUACCAAGAUUGGGUUUCUGGCCUUGUUCCUGGCCGAAGUUGCCAGCCGAGAGAUUUCGAUGCAUUUUGGGAUCGUAGCGAGCCCCGAUCAUCCCCUUGCGAUGGUUCGCCUCCUUUUGGACGCCGCGCCCGAAAUGUUGGGCAAUCAAAGCGUCGCAUUUUGUAUCGCUGGCGAACCGCGACCACCCAAUUUCGACGCCGCUCCCAUCCGCAUUACCAUCUUUGAUGCCCGAAAAUAUAUCGCGCAUAUAUCGGGGAGCUUACGAUUUGUCCUCUGCCUCGGCUAUGAGCUUGAGGCCGAGUACAAGGCCAUCACGCAAAUUCUGAACUUGUCCAAACAGAUUGGUUCACAACUCUUCGCCGUCUCUCUGCUCAUCUCCCAAAGUGUGGACCAUCUUGAGCACUGCUUGCCGGACGGCUAUGGCAAAUUGGAUAGUCUCAAGUCUCUCGUGCGAGCUGCUAUCCAUUAUUCAUAUGCAGUAGGGGAGCUGCCUCGCGGUUGGGGAGGGGACGAUGUCGUCAUCGAGCGGUUGUUGGACUUCAUCGAAACAAGUGAUCAGGCUUCCACCGAAGUCUCCGGAGUCGAGGACGCUGAGUGGCCCUUCCCGGAAAAUGAUGCUGUCAAGAUCUUGAAAUCAACUCAAGAAGUGCAGGAUGAUGUUGAAAUGGCCAAUGCAGUUGUACCCACCGAGCCACAAGAAAAGACGGCAGAGCACAACGACACUCGGAUCAGCAAUUCUGUGGUCGAGCCGUCGUCACUGGCAACCCCUCUCCCCACGAAGCCAACUAUCCUCGAGUCCGAGCCUCUAGGGGCCGACCAGCUCGCGAAACGAUACCAGGAACUUGAAUAUGCAUUUGAAGUGUCUCAGGGCCAAGUUGAAGAGCUUCGGACGCUGUAUGGGAUUUCAAAGAAGGAGAACGCACAGUUGGCCCAAGAGAAUGAGCGGCUUCAAAAGCGCAUAGCCAACCUCGAGGCCAGAAAUGCUAGAGAUCAGGAACAGAACCAAGAAUUACGACAAGCCGCUCAGCAGGCAUCUAAUACCGUUCUAUCCUCUAUCAACACCGAUGCGGUCGACCGCGAAACCCUCCGCAUCGCGGCUCAAGAAGCCAAGGAACAGCGCGACAGCGCAGUGAGCCGAUUCCAGAGUCAGGAAGUCACGUUCAACUUCCUCCGCGACCAAUACAACAACGCGAGCUCCCAAGCCUCCUUACUAAAAGAUGAAAACGACGUCCUAACCGCCGAGAAUGUGAUCCUGAAGAAGCGCGCGGACGAGAACAGCGUCCGGAUCCAUGCCAUCAAUAAGGAACAGCAGCAGACCAGCCAACGCGAGGAGAUCCACGGUCUAAAGUUCCAAAUUCAGGAGCUGAUGAAGACAGUGCGGAGGAGGGACGAGGAGAUUACAGGGCUGCGCGGCCAGCAGAACCGCAUCGUGACAAGGGCCGCGACGCCGAGGAGUCCGCGGGUGCAGGCAAAUUCGGGGAGCAGGGCGGCGAGUCCAAUGCCGGGAGGACUUGGUGGGCGGGUGGGUGCCUUGAGGGGAAACGAUUUUGGGGCGUGA